AUGUUACAUCGUCUUCCCGGAAUAAUUAGUCCGCUUGGUAACAUUAUCACAGAUCCAUUUAGAGACUCCGCUAAGCCUCCGUUACCGGUUUACUGCAAAACCACUAUCAACCAUUUGAAAUCUCUAACCGGUCUCGAUGUUUCGCCUGGUCUCACCAAUCAAGAGAUCUCAGCCGUUGAAUCUUCCCUUGGUUUCUCCUUCCCUCUUGACCUCCGUUCGAUUCUUCAAACGGGUCUUCCGGUGGGUACCCAUUUCCCCAAUUGGCGAUCCGGGUCGACCCGGAACAAUCUCCUUCUCUUGUUCAAUCUCCCCCUUCUUCAUAUAUCCAAAAUCGUCACUAGAAACGGAUUCUGGGUCGACUCUUGGGGAUCCCGACCCGGAUCCGACGCGGCGGCUUUAUCGCUCGUUAAGAAAUUGAUUCAAAUCGCUCCGGUUCUUGUUCCCGUCUACGGCGAUUUCUACGUCCCUUCGACGACGCCGAAUUUGGCGAGAAACCCUGUGUUUCAAAUCGACGGCGAUGGAGUUAGGGUUUUGAGUUGCGACGUCGCUGAAUUUCUCCAAGGGCUUAGUCGAUCGGACGGUCGUCAUGAUCCCUGUAUAUCGCGACGAUUACUACGUAGAGUGGAGUUCUGGAGUGACGUGGCGGAGAGAGGGCGGAUGAUGACGAUGAAGAAGGUGGUGGCGCGUGAUUAUACGCGCGGGUGGUGGAGCGCGUCUAGUUGUGAUGAGAGGUUAAGGGCGUGUUUGGACGAUGCGUUUUGGAAGCUGAGGGAAGCGGGAUGGAGGGAAGACGAGGUUCGCGAUAUGAUGAUGAUGGACGGCGUAGAUCGAGACACGUGUGCGGAAGAUGGAGAUGAAGGUGAUCGGAAAGGCCGAGAAGUAACGACGUUGAGACAUCUUCUGGUUUCUCAUGAGGCGUGA